AGAGCUCAUGACAAGCUUAUAAAGAGACAGACACCACAAAGCAGCCAGUUUGAGCCGUUACCUGGACUACAUUCACAGAUGAAGAUGAAGACUCUGGUCUUACUGUUGUUGAGCCUGGCAGUGGCUCUAGGGAGACCACAUGGAGUCAUGGAUGAAUGGAUUGAUGAAUGGAAACCAUCUUUGCACCAGAGAGAGAUCUACCCAGUCCUGAGAGACGUGGAGAAACCAGCUGGCUGGAACACUGAGGCGAUUGUAAAACAAACCCAGCUUAGUUCCGUGGUGGAGGAGAAACCUAAUGAACUGAACCCUCUAGUGCAGGAGAAACCAGAAGAGCUGAGCCCCCUGGUGCAAGAGAAUCUAGUGGAACCCAGCCUGGAUUUACAGGUGAUUCCAGUAAGACAUGAAAAAACAGCUGAAUGGAUGCCAGUGGUUCAAAAGAAACCAGAGACAGAAGACACUGUGGAGCUGGAGAAGAAAGUAGAGAAAGCCCAGGAGAAACCAGUAGAGAAAGCCCAGGAGAAACCAGUAGAGAAAGCCCAGGAGAAACCAAUAGAGAAAGCCCAGGAGAAACCAAUAGAGAAAGCCCAUGAGAAACCAGUAGAGAAAGCCCAGGAGAAACCAGUAGAGAAAGCCCAGGGGAAACCAGUAGAGAAAGCCCAGGAGAAACCAGUAGAGAAAGCCCAGGAGAAACCAAUAGAGAAAGCCCAGGAGAAACCAGUAGAAAAAGCCCAGGAGAAACCAAUAGAGAAAGCCCAGGAGAAACCAGUAGAGAAAGCCCAGGAGAAACCAAUAGAGAAAGCCCAGGAGAAACCAAUAGAGAAAGCCCAGGAGAAAUCAAUAGAGAAAGCCCAGGAGAAACCAGUAGAGAAAGCCCAGGAGAAACCAGUAGAGAAAGCCCAGGAAAAACCAGUAGAGAAAGCCCAGGAGAAACCAGAAGAACUGAGCCCUCCGGUGCAGGAAAAACGAGGAGAACUGAGCCCUCCAGUGCAUGUGAAACGAGAAGAACUGAGUCCUCCAGUGCAGGAAAAAACAGAAGAACUGAGCCCUGCCGCAGAGGAGAAACCAGAAGCACUGAGCCCUGAUGAUCAGGAGAAACCAGAAGCACUGAGCCCUGUCGAACAGGAGAAACCACGGGAAGAUGUGGCCCCUGUGGUUGUAGAGGAGUUGGUGGAGGUGGGCCCAGCAGCAGAGGAGGAGGCUCAGCCUGAGCAGGAGAUGGAGGCUGAGAUGAAAGAGGAUCUACUGAGGAUGGAAGAUCCCGAGAUGGGGAAACCAAAGAUGGAAGAAGCAGAGAUGGGAUUAAAUAUGGAACAACCAGAGAUGGAAGAACUAGAGAUGGAAGGAAAAGAAACGGAAGAACUAGAAAUGGAGGAACCAGAAGUACCAAGGGUAAAAAUGGAACCUGAAAUAGAAAUGGAGACAGAGGUGGAGAUGGCGUUUGCAAUGGAUGAGGGGCUCACCUACCAAGAGGAGGGCCCUCUUAUGGAGGGUGAAAAUGUCAUGGCUGAAGAGCCAAUCAUGGAUUUGGAACCACUACCAGAGGACAGUUUGAUUGAACAGUAUUGGAGAGGAGGCAGUCCUAUGGAUGGCAACAAGAUGUCUCCAGAAAUUAUGUAUAAUUUUGAUCUGGAAGAGGAGCCAAUGACAGAACUAGAGCCGUUGCUAAGGGAGGGGCCUAGCCUGGAGGAAGACGAUGAGUAUGUCAUAGCGGAACAACCAAUCAUGGAACUGGAGCCUGAAAUUAGGGGUGUGCCUUUUGGAGAGAAUCCAAUCACGACAGAUUACGCCAUCAAGGGAGAGAAGCCAGUGAGGGAACUGAUGGAAGACAUGGGGCCUAUGAUGGAGAGGGAGUACUUCCUGGCUGAGGAACCAAUCAUGGAGCUGGAACCUGAAAUGAGGGAGGGGCUAUACACUGGGCAUUAUCCAAUGACAGACUCAGCUGUGAUGGUAGAGGAGCCAAUGAUGGAGUUGGAACCUCUAGAAGAGAAGAGGCGUCUUCGGGAAGAGCGUUUGCUUUUGGAGGAGGGGGUUCGAGUAAGAGAGAGGCCUCUCAUGGAGCAGCCAAUGAUGGGCGAGGGCCCCAUGAUGGAUGGAGAGGCGCGCAUGUGGGUGGAACCAGAGAGGGAGAAGCGGUCUUUAAAUAUGGAGGAGGUGGGGCUACGGGAGAACACGGCCCAACGUCAACCUACAGGGAGGAGCUCCUGCAGUGGUGUGGUCCUGGAGGGGAAAUGCUACCAGUUCUUCAGAGGCCCAAAGACAGCUUCAGAUGCUGAGUUCUACUGCCAGGCUAACUUCCCUCCGGGCCACCUGGCAUCCAUCACCAGUCCGACCAUCCACAGACAGGUCAUGGACCUCAUGCUGCAACAGAUCGGAGGAUACACACGCACCUGGGUUGGAGGACUACGCUACCUGGACACUGGUCGCUUCAUCUGGUUGGACGGUGCCCACUGGUCCUAUGGGGAUUGGUUGCCUGGCGAGCCCAAUUACACGGCAGGGGUGGAGAACUGUCUGGAGCUACUGGCACUUGGAAAUGGGAAGUUCAAUGAUAUGCCGUGCUGGGAUCUGCGAGCGUUUGUCUGCUCUCACCCUGUCUAGGAAACAGUAGGAUAAAGCUGCUGAGGGGAGAACGGCUCAUAAUAAUGGCUGAACUGGAGUAUAAUGGAUGGAAUGUAAUGGUGUCAAAUCCAUGAAAACCAUGUUUCUGAUACCAUUCCAUUAACUCCAUUCCAGCCAUUAUAUUGAGCUGUUCUCCACCGCCCUAGACACUGAUCUAAAGUCAGAUUACAUUCUUCAUCCCAGUGUGGAAUAUUUGGGGGGAAACUGAUCCUAGAGCUGUACAUAUUAGUGCAUCCUCUAUCCCGAGCUCUAGGAACACAGCGGUGUCAGAUUUUAUGACCCUUGCACUUUGAACCUCUCAGGAGGUUUCCAGUCUGAGUCACGGGGGAUUCAAGUACCUGGCUUCAGUGGUGAAAGAGAUUCUUAAACAUUUAACUGCACUCACACCGUAAGAUAUUAUUUCUCUAUGAUAAACAAUCUAUUUUAGAGCCAUAGGAAAGCACUUUUUAUAUUUUGAAAAUAGAACUAUGCUCAUAUGUUUGUGUAGAAGUUAUAUAAAUGACUGUAAUGAAUUCUAUAAAGGGACAUUUUUGCUAGAAA